UUCCCGAUACUGCCCUUGGCAAGCUUCAUAACAGUUUUGACUAAUUACGGCGCGAGCGCUUCAGUUUUUGAUGCGUCAGUACCGUGCCACAGAAGACACACGACGUAGUACGAACACGAUUCACUGACAAUGGAGAGAAAGAAUAGCAACUGUGUUGUCCAUGUACGACAAGAUUCCGAUAACGACCUUGAAGCGCUCUUUCACGUCGUCAACAAGAACGCAGUGGCCAAAACGCAUCCCGAUCCGACCUCGUCGGCCAACUCUUUGCCGAUGCGCUUACGGAAACUACCUCCGUCGUUUUUUAAGCAGCCGCCGCUCGAUGGUACUUUGUCACCAGACCAGGACACUCCGACAGGGCUGAUCUCUCACUCUCGCGCGCACUCGUCGCCGGCAUCGCUAACAGUUCCUACAAGCCUGAAAGGUCCCCACUCCUUGAGCCCCGUCGUCCAUCAGCGAUCAACUUCCUUCGAUAACACAGCUUUACUCGAGGAACCAGCCCAGAUGCCGCCUGGUUGGGAAAUGAGAACAACGCCAAAUGGCCAACGAUAUUUCAUGAACCACUUCGAUCAAGUAACAACAUGGCAGGAUCCAAGAAAAACUCAGUCAACUUCUAACCUGAACAGCAUUCAACCAGCAGGCAAUUUGCCUGAUGGCUGGGAGCAGGCGAUUACGCCAGAAGGCGAUAUUUACUAUAUCAACCACAUUGAAAGAACAACAAGUUGGGUUGAUCCGCGAAUCGCAAUGCACUGCAGAAAUCAAGAAAACAUGCGCGGGCCGCAGCUACCUCCCGAGAUGAAUCGCCAUCGAACAAUGCAACUUCAACGUCUCCAAAGAGAACGGGAACAUCUUUUGAAGCGACAGCAGGAACUCCUGAAGCAAGAGAUAAGACUGAAACGUGAUAUUCUAGAAGAAGGUGGAACGAAGUCUUCUCUUCUCGGAAAUUUGACGCGAGAGGUGUCGUUGUUAUCGGCUCAGGAUCCCCCUGUGACAAGCGGAGGCCAUAUCAGGGAUGAAUCGUUCGAUUCUGGCCUCGGAAUGGGAGGUGGAAAUUACCAGUUUCACGAUGUGGACAUGAACGAUUCACAACCCAUGUUUGACGCGAAUUACAACUCUAAAGACAGUUCGUUCCGCACCGAGCCGGGUCGCAGACUGCCUGAGAUUCUCGACAGCUUGCCAGGCACAAAUGUCGAUUUGGGCGUGUUGGAGGGUACAGAUAACUCAUCAAACAUGGAAACCGACGAUCUCGGAGUAGGAUUGGAGUUCAACUCGGAGUUUAACGACGCGGUGGAAUCGGUGUUAAUUUCUCCGACCAAGAUCGCCGACAACUUUUUAACUUGGCUCUGAGUGUACCCAGAUCAUUUAUAGCUGAUAGUUUUUAAGGAUUUUUACAAGUGACAUUCUUAACAGAGUGUAAAAGUGAGUAUAUAGUAGCGUUAUUUAGCGAUCAAACCAUUUCUUUUUUACAUUUUUACAUACGCGUAAGAUUACUACUGUAAAAGAAAAAAACUUGUUUCGCAGCGAAACUUAAAGUUCGGCUCUUAAGUCGAAAUCAUAUAAAAGCUUAGGUUAUUGUUCUAGAUGGAAGGAUAAUAAGUAAGGAGCAGUAUAAUUUUUUGCCACAAGAUUAUCAUAGUUUUUUUUUUUUUUAAUAAAAAGUGCCUGUAAAUAGGAAUCGAGGCACUAACGCGUUUAAUGGCAGAGUUUAUCAACCCCGAUGUCUCCGCGCCGACCAAUUUGCCUUAUUCCUCCGACUGUUUUUUCUGAACUGCCGUUUGCAUAAUCGAAUGUGGUGUUAAAAAUAAGAUCCUUUUCUAAUUCCACCCACAAGCAACUCUUUUGUUCAUGGCUAAUUACAAAACAUCAAACGUGAGACCAACAGAAUGACUCUGCCAUUUUACGCAUAUAAAAAUCAUCCGUCAGCAAAAGCGUGGCUUGAAGCGUGCGGAUUUUAUGUUACCUGGCGUUGAAUCUUUUCACAAACGCGCUUUCUCGAUUGCGGCCACAAACCAGCGUUGCUUUUUGUUGGGCGAAUUGUAAUGGUUCAUUAAGCUGUAUACAGAAUAAUUGUGAUAAUUAGGGUAGAUCUCUUGUGUUGGUGGCCGUGUUUGUACUUCAAAAAGUUGAUUAUCUCUGCAAAAAAAAAAAGCGCCAUUUCCAUUCAUUCAAUUGAGGACAUUUAUGCGGGUUCAUUGCAUGACCGAAAUUUAUAUAGUUUGACGCGAAUAGAAACGGUGGUUCAUAGUUUUCUAGUUAUAUAAAAUUCGUAAACCCAGCAACACAUCGAUGUUUUGCCUUAAUGUAAAUAACAUUUUCCAUUUUGAUAGUUUAGCAUUCUAUUUUUACAUAUCAAAACGAACCGAUAGGGGUGUUCAUGUCGAGAUUCACACAAGGCUUAAUUUGCUGACCAAGGCGGAUGAAAAGUCUAAAGGCGCCACGGAUAUACUAGCUAAGUUUAAACCACAAAGAAGUUAUAAUAGUAUUUUUGUUUUCACUUCCUUUUUGGCUGUAAGCCAUACACAUUUUCCGUCUUUAGCUAGUGAAGCUGAGGAUUAAAAACGCGGCAAGCGGCGCGGCUUGAGCUAGAGAGAUUGUUUACUUUCGUCGUUGUAUGCCGCCAUAUUCAUUUAUUGCCGGAAGAUCCAGGCAUGAAAACCCCUUCGAAAUCGAUGAACAAAGUAUCAUUAUUUUUUACAAAACAGCUACAUUUCGUAAUGUUCUUACUGAUGUGUUUCCCGGCGAAACCGUACAUAAUAAAGUAUUUUAUUAACAACAACAAGAAA